AGAGUAGAAGCGCCUCUGCGAAUCAGUAUCAGUGAACCUCAGAGAUCUUCACACUUACUCAGCCCCUAUAUUCUACGUGGGUCCCUCACCUGCUUCCGAUUCACCACCGUCUCUGCCGCCAAGAACCCCUCUUCAGAAGGAACUGAUGGUUGCUCUUAAUAGAUACUUGGGCAUGUUAGUUUACAAGGUUUAAGCAUUAUGAGGUUUCUGUUAUGUUCAGCUUGAUACAUAAACAAACGGUUUGGUCCUGUCUCAAUCUAAACUAGUCCAAACAACUCCUCAGGGUUUCUUAGUUUCUUUCCUCAGCCAUUUUUGGUAGCCAUGAAUCCAAAUCACUACCAACCUACAUCUCCCUGGCCUCCAAUGAUUCCCCCCAAUGCUCCUAUGAUGCCACCCAACACUCCUAGGAUGCCCCCUAAUACUCCUAUGAUGCCACCCAAUAUUCCUAUGAUGCCACCCAAUGCUCCUAUGGUGCCGCCCAACCCUCCGGUGACGAGUACUUUCUGGGAGACCACGAAUGUGCGUGAGCAGCUCAAGAAUUUGCAGGACACUCUUGGUCUUGCAAAAGCAAUGCAGAAAGAGCUUGAGAUGCUGAUGUUAGUUAAAGAUGGUCAAGAGUCUGGUGAUGAGGCUACUGUGAGUCGGUUUGAUGAGUUUUUGAGAGAUAGGAAGAUCGAUUUGGAGUCCCAAGUGUUGCGAUCAGUGGAAGCUGCAAACUCAGUAAUGGCUAAACUACGAGUUGAGAUUGAACCGUUUAGAUCGAUCACGCAUGAAAUGUGUCCCUGGGAGGAAAAAUCUGCGGCUGUCAGAUUAUCCAAUAAGAUAUGCAAGUCCAAGAGGAAUAAAGGUUGGAGGAAAAGAAAGAGGAAGCGCAUUGCGGAGAUGAUUGCAAAGGAACGUGAAGGAUUUGAUGAAGCUGAUCGCAAAGCUGAUGAAUGGAGAGCUAGGGAAAUUGCUCAGGAUAUUGCCAAACGCAAGAUGGAAGACAUGAAGAAAAUUGCAAGCCUUAAAGCAAAGGAAGAGAGAAAGAGACUAGAAUCCGAGCUUGAGACGGUAUUGAUCGUUGAGAAAUUGCAAGAAUUGCGCUCUAUCAGGAUUGAAAAAAUGAAGAAACAAGGCCAUUUGCUCCCAAAAGAGAAUGAUAAAUUUGUUGAAAGAGUACAAGCUAGAGUUGAGGAGGAGGAUCAUCAAGCAAUCUUGGCAGCUGACAUGGAUGCUGCUAGGGACGCCAUUGCAACUGCUGAGAAAUCAAGAAACACAACCGAGAAUUUCAGACCGGACUCCAUAAACAAUAAUAAAGGCGAGAAUGAGGAAAGUAAAGGCCAGACAAUUCAAAGCAUUAAUGAAAGCGAGUCUACUGCAAUUGCUAACAAGGAAUCUGGAAAACAAGUUCUACAACGAGAGGGUGUUAGUGGAGCUUAUGAUGCUGUGGCAAAUUUACCUAUGGAAUUUUAUCACUACUAUCAUGGCAGCAAUACUGAUAUGGGCACCCUUAUUGAGGUGAGAAGAACAUGGGAUGCCUAUAUAAGACCAGGAGGAAGCCGGAUACCAGGACACUGGGUUCAACCUCCACCUCCUGCAGAUGAUAUCUGGGCGUCUUACCUUCUGCAACCUAAAUGAUUGGACUGUUGAUUCAGGCAAAUUUUGCUGAAAAAGUGGCGAAAGGUUGUCUACUGAUCGAGACUACUUAAGUAGCAGACGCUUAACAAGGAUUUCUGUUUUUGGUCUGUUAGGGGUUAGGCAUAGAAUGUAUAGUUCUUACUGGAUUGUCAACAUACAUAUCUACUAACAGGUG